AUGAAGACCGCAGGGGUCGUCAUUCUCGUCAUCGUCCUGCUGCUGGUUGCCGCCGCAGCGGGCUGGGUUCUCUUUACGCGGCUGCGAGCCCAACGACAGGGGCUCCCGCCGCCGGCGCUCUCUUCGCUCAAUCCGUUCUCCUCCACGUCUUCGUACGGCGUGCAGCCGGCGCCGAGCGGGGUGUCCGGCUGGAUCAGCGACCGUCUGCGUGGCUUCAAGGCCCGGAACAAUCGCACGGCUGCCGGCGCCUAUGAGGGCGGCGUGCCGCAGGCCGCUGGCCGCACGCGCAAUGGCUUUGGCCCGCUCGAUCCGGACGACGCCUGGGACGCGCGCGUCGGCAACGAGGCCGAGGCCUACUACUACAACGAGGAGCAGGAGCUCGGGCUGCAGCCGGCGUAUCCGGGCGCUGCCGGCCUCCACAACAGCAGCCGGCUCGACGUGACCAACACGGCUUAUCUCGGCAGCGGCGGCCUCGGCGGCUCGACCUACGACAUGAACCUGGCCGGGCAAGACCGCGGCCGGUCGCACCCACAGGCCGGCAGAAACCCGUUUGACGACGAGGCUGACGACAGCCAUGUGAAUCUGCGCGGCGUCAGCCCCCGGCCGAUGUCAGACCCGAUUACGGCGACGGCCGGCAGCGGUGCCAAAGACAACACCAAAGCCGACAGCCCAACAGAGCGGAGAUCCAUGUUCCGCGAAAACGUGUAG